AUGGACUCUGCCUCCAUCCCGCCUCGGCUGGGCCACAUGCACGAAGCCGACCGACAACAUUUCAAAAUGCACUCUCCAGCGAGCCUGCAAGACACGGGGUUACUACCGGAUAAAGUCGCUCGUCGUGCCCUCCCGCCCUUGGGCCGGCCCCAGACCGUCCCCUCGACCGACGCGCUCUCCAGCGACCAAGCCGCAUCGUCCUUGGGCGACGCGACUGCGAAUCACCACCGCAACCUCCACAUCCUCAACCACGCACACGCACGCGCACCCGGCCACCAACUUCCACAGUCCCUGACUUCAUUAAGUCACAUUUCUCGUACAGCCGACCCUCAACCGUCCAAGAGCACAGCAAUUGUUGCACCCUCCGUCGCUUCCCACAUUUCUUCAUCCGCCCUUCACCGACCGCUUCCCUCCUCUGACUCGCAGACCUCGAGCUUGUCUGCCGAAUCCGCCAACGUCUUCACGCCGCCAGCCAGCCAGGGCGACGUGCCAGGAGGAAGCCUAAACGGUCACGAUUCCAGCCAAGAGUCGCAAUUACUCCAACUAUCACACAUUGCCGCCGCCCAGGACAAAUUGGCCGAGGACAAUGUCAUGGCAACCGCCCGGAAGAGAAUGGCCGACGGUGCUCUCAAAGAGAACACCUCUCCCGUCCGGAUGGGCCACUCGAGGAACACUAGUACCGUCAGCAUGGCUUCUACUACAGCCAGCAGUAUCGGUGAUUGGUCAAGCGACCUUAAGACGCGCCUCUCGUACGCAAUGCUCAAGGUAAAUCACGGCUGGCAGUCACACUCCAUCGACGAGGUCGAGUCCAUGGCAUCCCAAGCCGCCUCGCCCACCUCUAGCCAUUCCACUUUGCAGGGUCGUCAAGAGCUGUCGGCAAGUCCUCGCGCCAACAUGGCUCGCUAUGCACCCGUCAGUGCCGCCACGACGGCAAGCUCCGGCCCAAGCCCUGCAACCUACGAGUCCUUCUGGAAGGACGGCCAGAGAUCCGCCCAGACGUCCGCUUCACCUCCCGCGCCCUCCCAGAAUCAGAAUGUUCUUACCCUUGCACCGCCUGCGCCUAUCCAGCCGUCAAGGCCGAUGGGAGGCCACAAUCCGCGCCGGAAUUCAAAUCCUCGCUACACACCAACUCUCCUUUCCCACUCACACAGCGCGUCACCGCAUACCCCUUCCCAGUCAAGUAAUAAUGCGAUGCCAAGUCAGAGAUUUGGCCGGACUCCAAAUAUCGACCCGAACCUCUUCUCACCUCACCAAGACGUUAGAGAGCAGGAUGCCAUCGAAUCACUCCUCUUCAUGAGCAGCCCCGGAAACUCGGCCAACAUGAAGCACAACUAUUCGUCAUCAGUAGCGUCCAAUUUGUCUGGUCGCCACGCUCUACCAAGCUCACAACCCCGUAAAAGCCUGCCCUCGCAACGGCCCGUGCCGCAAAAACGCGUGGGCUUCGAGAAGAGUCCCGGAGGCAUGACGGCAGUCAGCGACAUGGAUAUUGAUAUGGACUCACCUCAGUCACGGGGACCAAUGAGGAGGCGUAUCAAUGGAAGUGCCAGUUUCUCCGGAGGGACCAUCGGCAGCACUCUGCGUCCUCAAUUGUCAUUACCAGCGGCCCUUGGGAGUACCUCACGGCCACGGCCACGCUUAGCGGACGCAGAUAUUGAGCGAAUGAUUGAUCAAGCAGCUCAAGCGGGCGACAGUUCUGACGACGAUGACGGUGAAAUUCAGAUUCCUGGAAGAAAUCGUCCAGAGGGCACCGUAGGCGUCUGA